UUUCGGGGUUUGCUCCGGGCAAAGAUGUUGAUUCGAAGAACGUUGUCUAUGGCAAUUUCUCUGGCAACAAUAAUCCCGCUCUCUCCGCGAGCUGCAAAACUUUUUCGCGUUCAGAAGCAAAUUAAUUUUCCUCGCUCAUCCUCCCUUUGCCCAAGAAACCUUGUUUUUCUCUCCUGCUCCAGCUUCGCUUCCUCCAUUUCUGCUGGAGAAACCGGCCAGAUUCCUGAGGAGUCGGAGAAAAAUGCUAAUCUGAAACCUGGCCUUUAUCUGGUAGGAACACCAAUUGGAAAUCUUGAAGAUAUUACCUUUAGGGCUCUUCGCGUAUUAAAGUCAGCGAAUGUGAUACUUUCAGAAGAUACUAGGCAUUCUGGAAAGUUGCUUCACCACUACAAUAUCAAAACACCCCUUAUGAGUUAUCACAAAUUCAAUGAAUCACAAAGGGAACAGGUAGUGUUGAAGAGGUUGAGGCAGGGUGAGAUUGUUGCGCUAAUCAGCGAUGCCGGAACACCAGGCAUUAGUGAUCCUGGUAUGGAAUUGGCCAAAUUAUGUGUUAAUGAAAAUAUCCCUGUUGUCCCUAUACCUGGGCCUUGUGCCUUGAUAUCAGCUCUCUCCGCCUCAGGAUUAGCUACUGAUGAAUUUACUUUUGUUGGCUUUCUCCCAAAGCAUUCUGGAUCUAGAAGAAAGAGACUCACGGUUUCAGCCGAUGAAGCAACUACACAAAUAUUUUAUGUUCCUCCUCACAAGCUUUCCCAAUUUCUUGACGAAGGUGCUUCAUCUUUUGGGGAUACGAGACGAUGUGUCAUUGCUCGGGAGAUGACCAAGUUACAUGAGGAGUUUUGGCGUGGUACUCUUGGUGAAGCCAAGAAAGCGUUUUCAUUGCACCAGCCAAAGGGAGAACUUACCAUAUUAAUUGAAGGGCGCACAAAGUCUAAAGUUGAACCACCAUCAGAGAUUCAGCUUGAGAAUGAAUUGAGGGAUUUAAUUUCACAAGGCGAGAGCCUUUCCAUGGCUGUCAAGUCGGUAGCUGAUGGAACAUCAGUGAGUAGAAAAACCGUAUAUUCACUUGCAUUGAAAAAAUUCGGGAAGCAAUUGGAAGUAGAAGAUGACACAAAGUAAAGCAGAGUACUCAUAAAGGUGGGAUCACUUGAAGGUCUAGAGAAAUGAUUUCUUGUUGGAGCACAAUUGUGGAUUCUAGCAAGAGUACUGGUUGCUGCAGUUUUUGUCAAGAAUAUUGUUGCAUUGGCUCACCAUAGUUCUCAUUCUCUCGCCGAUUGUAUGUAAAAGGUGUCUGCAAAUCGACACUCCGGGUGGUAGCGAAGCAUGGGCUGUUGGAACAUGCUGGAGAAGAAAAUGACAGCAUAAUCCCUAUUUCCUCUUGUAUGUCAUCUCCGUUGACGGGAAAAAUUACUAAAAUAGAUGCACACUGUAUUUUUCACCUGAUCUGCCCUGGCCUUUCGUGGUUGAAUGGGAGCUGAAGGGAUUUGGAUUUUGAUGAUGCUUACUGUGAAUAUGGAUCUAACAGUUCUAUUAGCGAGCUUUUUUCAUCUGAUAACGAAAUACGAGAACAGUUUAUCUGUGAAUAUACUGGUCAUUUUGUGGGACUUCUUACGUUGAUCCAGUUUUAGAUCUAGCCAUGAGGAGCGGAAGAUCAUAUAAUAUGCUUAUCAGAUCCCCA